AUGCUAUCACGUCGCCUAUUCCGGCAGCUCACCGAUAGCUUGCUACUGGAAUCGACAUGUCGUCCAGUAGCAUCAGCCUGCUUUGCCUCAACAUGUGCGACCCGUGACUUUCGUCAACCAAGAAAUGUGCCCUCAUCUCGUCGUUCGUCUUCAUCUUCGACCAAAUGGAAGUCACGUCAAGGCAGGGACUUCUUCUCCAAAGAAGCUAAAGUCCAGGGUUUAAAGAGCCGCGCUGCAUUCAAGUUGCUCGAGCUCAACGGCAAGCACAAGCUAUUCAAACCCGGACAAACCAUUGUUGAUCUUGGAUUUGCACCAGGGUCAUGGUCUCAGGUCGCUGCAAAUCGUACUGCCCCAGAUGGUCGCGUCAUAGGUAUAGAUUUGAUACCUGCACAACCACCAAGAGGUGUCUCCACUAUACAAGGCGAUUUUCUCUCACCUGUGAUCCAGGACGAGGUUCGAGCCUAUGUCCGAGAUCCAGAAUUGGGCCGACUUAGGAGGCAAGUUUCUGCAAAGGCGGAUGAGGGGGUUACUGAAGAAGAGCUGGACGACAUGGAACGUGGGUACAUUGAUAUUGAGCGACAAGCUCAUCUAGACGGUGCAGAACUCGAGCCGAUCGGGCGGCUAGCAGAGGGUAGUGACGCAGACCAAGAGGAUCUGUCAAGGCUCUCGGUCAAGGAGAGGGAUGCGCGGCAAGGCAGAGCAGUGGACGUUGUGCUCAGCGACAUGUCAGAACCCUGGGACCAAACGGCCGGCUUCUACAAGAAGAGCCUUAGUGACCCAUAUUCUAGGUUGAUGAACACGAGUGGAAACGCGUUUAGAGACCACGCUGGUAGUAUGGACUUGUGCAUGGCUGCCAUGACAUUCGCAUUCGAUACACUGAAGACUGGCGGUCACUUUCUCUGCAAGUACUACAAGGGGUCAGAGGAAAAGGCGUUUGAGACGAAGCUCAAGCGUCUCUUUGCCAAAGUGUACCGAGAGAAACCGGAGUCGUCACGCGCGGAAUCAAGAGAGGCGUACUUUGUAGCACUGCGCCGCAAAGAGACGCCCACAAAGGAGGAGGUCUUUCAAGAAUAACAAAGGAAUUUACACAUGUUCAGUGUGGAGUGGUAUCUAUACAUAUUACUUCGGUCCGAAAUAUGUACUGUAGAUCCCGAGGAGUGAUCACGUUUUGCGCUCUCUACACCGAGACUUUCCUCUUCGGCGCCAUGUUCCGACGUCAUGCAGCCACAUGGAUAUAUCACACACACUGGAAGGAGUGUUGAGGACUGGGACCCGGUUAACGAGGCCAUCCACACACCGCGUGAUGAGCUAAGGGCUCGCUUAGAAUCGCAGGAUGAGAACCUAUGAUGUAGUUACACUCGAUUGCCAAGCUCAUCACGAAUACAACGUGGCGUUUUUAGAUGAGGCAGGAGUGCACAAGGGAGAGGGAUAGCAAAUGUGAGGUACAAGGCAGAGAUGUGUGCUGCUUCCAAAUCGCCCCAUGGCGGCCCCGUCUUUCCCAGGAGUCAGGGACAUGGCACAUGCAAGUGGCCGUUUAUU